AAUGGGACUGGGAUGGACUGGGAUCGCCCACAACCUCUGCUACACCACCCUGCUGCCACCAGGGGGCGUCCAGAAACACGGGUUUGUACUGGUUUAUACUGGUUUAGACUGGUUUGUACUGGUUUAUACUGGUUUGUACUGGGAAUGUGAAAAAACGGCUCAAAAUGGGUGAAAAAUGGCCCAAAAUGGGACUGGGAUCGCCCACAACCUCUGCUACACCACCCUGCUGCCACCAGGGGGCGUCCAGAAACACGGGUUGGGCCCCGACGAUUUCAUCCGAACCCCGACGGGGCAGCUUUUUGUGACCCCCAAAGUGCGCCCGGGGGUGCUCCCCAAAGUGCUGAAGGGACUCCUGGCGGCCAGAGCCAGAGUUAAAUCCGCCCUGGCGGAGGAGCAGGACCCCGAGCGGCGGCAGGUGCUGGACGGGCGGCAGCUCGCGCUCAAAGUCAGCGCCAACUCCGUGUACGGAUUCACCGGGGCUCAGGCGGGAAAACUGCCCUGUUUGGAGAUUUCACAGGUAAAAACACACCUGAGACAUCCCAAAAUAUACCUGAGAUACACCUGAGAUAUCCUAAAUACACCUGAGAUACACCUGAGAUAUCCCAAACACACCUGAGAGGGUCAGGGACACACCUGGGAUACACCUGGGACACA